GUAGUACGGAGUAAUAUUAUUGAAAAUUGUUCAGUGUCUCAUCUUUUUUUUCAAAUGUUUAGGGUACGACUAUACUUAUCGCUGAAAACGCAUUUAUUUGGUGAACUCUCCAAUAAUGGCUGCCGUCGCCUCACCGGGUCCGCCGUCGGGAGCCGGAACCCGGCCACUGAUUCUCAUAAACCGCUUGCCCCGCCACCAACUCUCAGCAUUAUUCCCCUUCCUCCAAACCCGGUACCGGAUUCUUGACCCGAUUGACGAAUCCGGGCCAUCGUUCGCCACACUCUCUAAAUCGGGCCGGGUCAUGCUCUGCGUCGGGACCACGCCGCUCACAUCCGACACCCUGGAUAGGUACCCUUCGCUCGAGUGCGUCGUCUGCUCCAGCGCCGGCCACGAGCCCACGACCAUGUCGACGUCGCCGAGUGCCGACGCCGAGGAAUCCGCGUCACCGGCGCCGGAGACACUUUCUCCGAUGACGUGGCCGAUUUCGCCGUCGGGCUCUUGAUUGAUGUUCUACGUAGGGUCUCUGUCGCCGACGGAUUUGUCCGGUGUGGUGAUAAGGAUGGUGGAUUAGUUAUAUUAUUUAUUAAUUAGUAGUCAUUUAAUAUUCAAUAGUAAUCUUCUUUAGGGUUUUAGUAUGGGCCCGAGCCCAUUAGGUUAAUUGGGGUGUUUCCCCACCCCUCGUCUCUAUAUAUUGUAAUCAAUCUUUUUUACCUGA